AUGGCGACUAAGCUGACUCCCUUCCUCAUGCGGACGGCCGUCCGGGCGGCGACCCGGCUGUCUACCAAGUCUUCGGCCUCGAUUGCGCUCGUCUCCCGCGCAUGCCUCUCCAUCUCGGCGCGGAGGCCGAGCGACACCCUCAUGGUGCAUCGCAACACCCCCGACAACAACCCCGACAUCCCCUUCAAGUUCUCGGCCGAAAAUGAAAAGGUCAUUGAGGAGAUCAUCAAGCGCUACCCGCCGCAGUACAAGAAGGCCGCCGUCAUGCCCCUGCUCGAUCUCGGCCAGCGCCAGCACGGCUUCUGCAGCAUCAGCGUCAUGAACGAGGUGGCCCGUCUGCUUGAGAUGCCCCCCAUGCGCGUCUACGAGGUCGCCUCUUUCUACACCAUGUACAACCGCACCCCGGUUGGCAAGUUCCACGUUCAGGCUUGCACUACUACCCCCUGCCAACUAGGCGGUUGCGGCUCCGACGUGAUUGUCAAGGCCAUCAAGGAGCACCUCGGCAUCAAGCAAGGCGAGACCACUCCCGACGGCCUCUUCACUUUCCUCGAGGUCGAGUGCCUUGGCGCGUGCGCCAACGCGCCCAUGGUCCAGAUCAACGACGACUACUUUGAGGACUUGACCCCGGAAACCAUCACGCAGGUGUUGGUGGCGCUCAAGGAGAGUGUCACGGACGCAUCCAAGGCGCCCAAGCCGGGCCCGCAGAGCGGGAGACAGACGUGCGAGAAUGCCGCCGGCCUAACAAGUCUGACGAGCGAGCCAUACGGGCCGGAGGUCACGAGGUCGGAUCUUUAA